AUGACGCAGGACGGAAGUGGAAGAAAGCUUUCUUGGGGCAAAGCAAGGAUCGCAGGGACAUACAAGAGGCCACCUCGGGCGGUGCCCAAGAGCCGAUUUAAGAGGCUGAGGGGCCCCACGGGUGUUGUGAAGACUUGCCGUAUACAGGAGCCGGAGGAAAAGCCGAAGGAAGGUCAGUGGUCGGGACCGAAGGACUUCAUCAAGUACCUACUCACUCGUGACACUGCGACCGAUGAGUUCUGCUACAUGACUCGGUGUGAAGGCCCCUACGAUCUGAAAAUAGUGUCAUUUGCGGACAUAGAUCCUUACGACUACUCGACGAUCA